UCUCAACUCGAUAUCCCAAUAUACAGAGAACUAUACACAUGACGGGACGAUUUACAUCAUAAUUGAAACAUACGUAGGCGUCGACCAUGGAGGGGGGCAACGGCGACGACGCGCAACCCAAGCGCAGUGGCCCUAUGGCCAUGUAUCGAAUGGGUUCUAACCAGAGUAAUUCGAGUUUCUUUGAGGAUGUCGAGAUGGCGCAGGAUGAGCUCUUCUCUGGGCCCGUCGCGGAAAGUUUACCUACGAGCCUUUCUGCCUUCUCCCAUCGCCGUCAACGUGCGGACUCGACGGCGAGCUUUGCCUACUACACCGAAGAGGAAGACGAACCGGAACCCAGAGCCAUAUUUCGCGAAGAUGGGGCCAUGACCUUUGAUAUAGACGAAACUCCGUUUGAUCUCGACGAGGAAGGAGAAAUAAGCUCUGAAGUUGAACUAGAAAAUGGCGAUUCACAUGAAGAUUAUGCUCUGCAUCGGAGAUCUUCAACGGUGUCGAGAAAUUCCGUCCAUACCAGACUCCUUCGAACAGACAGCGGUGUGACGGAUGCCAGUGGUCGUGGUCACGGCCGUAUCAAUCAGAAGCUUCUUAUGGUCAACGAGGAUCUCACCAUUGUGAUAGCCGGUUUUCGGACGAGCAGAUUGGGCUAUGCUGCCUAUGUCACCAUAUGCGUCUUGACGUUGGGACUCGCAUAUCUUCUUCUGCGAUGGCUUCCGCAGUGGCAGGUGAAGUUGAUUGGGGAGCCAUGCCCACUUCACGAUUGCCAAUGGGUGGUUCUCGAGAACCAAUGGGGUGAAAUGACUAUCCUGAAUGUUAAUACUCGACCUUACAAUCGACCGCUUUCCACUGUAUUUGGGGCUCCAGAGAAGAUUUUCGCGCAGUUACUGGAAGAAGAUGCCGACCCAAUAUUACCUGAUCUUCGAGUGCUCAACUACCGUUACGUCCGCUUCUUCUAUCACCCAUUGAAGGGUAAAUUCGUCAUUAGCAACGGGUGGAAGGAUCCUACAUGGAAGCGGGUGCGAGCACUUCGUGCUGGAAUCGACGGCGAAGAGAAAGAUCAUAGGGAACGCGUCUUCGGGACAAACCUCAUCGACAUCGAGCAAAAAUCCAUCCCACAACUGCUCGUAGAUGAAGUGUUUCACCCUUUCUAUGUCUUCCAAAUUGCGAGUUUGGUUCUUUGGUCUGUAGACGAAUACUACUACUAUGCCAUUUGUAUCUUUGUCAUGUCGGCAGGUAGCAUAAUAGCAACAUUAGUAGAAACACGAGCUACAAUGCGGCGUCUUCGCGACAUCUCUCGUUUUGAAUGCGAUGUGCGAGUCCUUCGCAAUGGCUUUUGGGCCCAUGUCUUGUCGAGCGAUUUAGUACCCGGUGACGUGUAUGAAGUUAGCGAUCCUAGCCUCGCACAAUUCCCGGCUGAUAGCUUACUUCUGAGCGGAGACUGCAUUGUAAAUGAGAGUAUGCUCACUGGCGAGUCCGUACCGGUUUCUAAAAUUCCUGCCACCGAUGAGACUCUUGAAAUCAUGAACCUCAGCGCCUCAACUGUCUCUCCUGAUGCUGCUCGUCACUUUCUCUUCUGUGGGACUAAAAUUAUUCGGGCAAGGCGACCACAAGAUAAUAGAGACGACGAAGCGGUCGCACUUGCGAUGGUCGUGAGAACGGGUUUCAAUACUACUAAGGGCUCUCUGGUCCGGUCGAUGCUCUUCCCUAAGCCUUCUGGCUUUAAAUUCUAUCGGGAUUCCUUCCGAUAUAUAUCCGUUAUGGGAUGCGUCGCGCUCCUCGGGUUUGUGGUGUCUUUUAUCAACUUCCUCCGUCUUGGACUAGCCUGGCACUUGAUCAUCGUCAGAGCUCUGGACCUAAUUACCAUUGUCGUCCCACCAGCCCUCCCAGCUACACUUACCAUAGGAACAAACUUUGCCUUAAGUCGUCUAAAGAAGAAACAAAUAUUCUGUAUUAGCCCACAAAGGGUCAAUGUCGGCGGGAAGUUGGAUAUCAUGUGCUUUGAUAAGACCGGCACUCUCACGGAAGACGGCUUGGAUAUUCUUGGUGUGCGGCUGGUAUCUCGGUCGACAAAUCGAUUUGAUGAUGUGGUAUCCAAAGCAUCAGAUUUGGUUCCUCCAUUCGAUUUGGAUGCUGGCCCUGGCGACAAAUAUGACAUAAACCGUGCUGCCCUGUUCACAAUGGCCACAUGUCAUUCACUUCGAUCCAUUGACGGCGAGCUUGUUGGAGAUCCGCUAGAUGUCAAGAUGUUCGAAUUUACUAAAUGGACAUUCGAAGAGGGUAGUCAAGGUAAUGCUGAUCAAGAGGAUGACGAGCAAGGCGGCCUCUCUCCUUCAGUUGCACGUCCUCCCCCUACACCUUUGUAUGACACGGAUUCAUAUGGAGUUACACGGGGGCAAAAUUCCCCAAUCGAAUUAGGAAUAUUGAGGUCUUUCGAGUUUGUCUCUCAGCUACGAAGAGCUAGCGUGAUCGUGCGAGCUUUCGGCCAGCAAAGUGGUAGCAUUUACGUCAAGGGCGCACCUGAAUGUAUGCGGGAUAUAUGUCGACCCGAGAGUUUCCCGGAGGAUUACGAUGAACUCCUGUCUUAUUAUACCCACAAAGGAUACCGAGUCAUAGCAUGCGCUUCCAGGUAUAUAAAGAAGUUGUCGUGGGUAAAGUCCCAGAAGAUGAAGCGUGACGAAGUUGAGACAAACCUUGACUUCGUUGGAUUUAUUAUCUUCGAAAAUAAGCUAAAGCCAACAACCGCCGCGGUGCUCAAAGAGCUCACCCAGUCAAAUAUCGGAUCGAUCAUGGUCACGGGUGACAACAUAUUAACUGCCAUCAGUGUAGCCAGGAAUUGUGGUCUUGUUGAGAAGGAUGCCCAUUGUUUCGUCCCGCAUUUUUCACAAGGGAACUCCCGUGAUCCUAAUGCUUUAUUGCAAUGGGAAAGCAUAGACGACGCCGCUUACCAAUUGGAUUAUCGAACUUUACUUCCACUUCCCGCUCCCGUAGAUCGUGAUGCAUCGUUGCCAUAUGAUAUAGCGAAUCUUAGAAAUUACUCCCUUGCAAUAAGCGGAGAUGUUUUCCGAUGGAUAAUCGACUUCGCCCCGAAUGAAGUCGUACAGAGGAUGCUUGUCCGAGGCAAGGUAUUUGCACGCAUGUCUCCAGAUGAGAAACAUGAACUUGUAGAAAAGCUUCAGAGCAUAGACUACUGCUGUGGAUUCUGCGGCGAUGGUGCGAAUGAUUGCGGUGCUCUCAAAGCCGCGGAUGUGGGCAUUUCGCUUUCCGAAGCUGAAGCAUCCGUCGCAGCCCCCUUUACGUCUAGGGUAUUCGAUAUUCGAUGUGUUCCCGACGUCAUCCGGGAAGGGCGUGCUGCUUUGGUAACCAGUUUUAGCUGCUUCAAGUUUAUGAGUCUUUACUCCGCUAUCCAAUUCACCUCUGUCAGCUUUCUCUAUGCUUCGGCUUCAAACCUGGGAGACUUUCAGUUCCUGUUUAUCGACGUUGUACUCAUAUUACCGAUCGCCAUCUUUAUGGGUUGGUCUGGACCUUUUCCGGUUCUGAGCAGGAAGCGACCGACGGCAAAUCUAGUCUCUCGAAAGGUCCUCACACCCUUGCUGGGCCAGAUGAUCAUCUGUAUCUCUAUACAAGCCGCCGCAUGGCUCAUAGUGCGGGAGCAAAGCUGGUACAUACCCCCUCACGUCAACCCAGAGAAGUCCAACAUAAAAAAUUCGGAAAAUACGGCUUUGUUCCUCAUGUCAUGUUUCGAGUAUAUCUUCAUAGGGGUAGUUAUGAGUGCCGGUCGGCCAUUCAGACAACCUAUGAACCAAAACUGGCCGUUUAUGACAACCAUCUUUGGAGCGCUAGUCGUAGUCACAUAUAUGGCCUUUUUACCAACCCAUCAGAUCAAGAAGUUCAUGCAAUUGACAACCAUCAGCUCUUCUUUCAAGAUCACGUUGUUGGUUCUUGGCCUGGUAUAUCUGAUCAUUUCCUGGGUCGGCGAGAACUAUCUCUUCCAGAAACUCGCCCGGGGAUUUGGCUUAGCGAAACUAGCCAUCACCAAAGAGUCGAAGAAGCGGAAAGAAUAUAAAAUCAUACUGGAACGAAUGAAAGCUUGAGCUGGAUAUAGUAUAGUAUCUUGUUCUGAUAUAUAAUGACUGGCUGGGAAGGUUGUGAUGGAUCGAUACUCUAUGCUUCAUGCAAAACGGUCUACAACUUGUUGGUUUCAACAUGGUACCUAGGUAUUAGAUGGUUCCUAAGUCAUAAUUCCUAUCUGUAUAUAUAUGCUAGUUUAUACGUAUUAGCUUCUCUAGGUAUAUAAAGAAGUAUUAUCAUAUUAAGAAA